GCAAUCUAAGAGCAAAUGCUAAACCCGUUAUUAUAUGAAUAGACAUAAAUACCAUUCUUUAGUUGUCUUUAACUGAUUUACUUCUCUGAACUACACUUCUGUUUGUGAAAUCAAUUAUUUGUGUAGUUUUGUGUGAAUAUCGGCUAAAAUAUCGGCUAAAACAUGGCUGAAGAUCCCGAUCCAUCACAAUAUCUUAUUGUGACAUUAGAGCAGAAGAGGAAGGACCAGACCAAGCCUUACGAUGGAAAGAAAAUGGUUUGGGUUCCCGACGAAAAAGAGUGCUAUCUUUUGGGUAAUAUCUCCGGAACUAAGGGCGAUAUGGUUACCGUUGAUGUCGGUAAAGGAGAAGAGAGGACAUUAAAGAAAGAUCUUCUGCAACAAGUGAAUCCACCAAAGUUUGAAAAAUGUGAGGACAUGGCGUCCCUCACAUACCUUAACGACGCCAGUGUUUUACAUAAUCUCAGAGAGAGAUACUCUCAAAAAAUUAUUUAUACAUACUCCGGACUGUUUUGUGUGGUAAUCAAUCCAUACAAACGAUACCCGAUUUACACCAAUAGAGUGGUACAGAUGUAUAGAGGCCGACGAAAGACUGAAGUACCUCCACAUCUGUUCGCCAUUUCUGACGGCGCUUACACUGAGAUGUUGACGAAUCGCGAGAAUCAAUCCAUGUUAAUCACCGGUGAGUCGGGUGCCGGUAAAACUGAGAACACCAAGAAAGUCAUUGCUUACUUUGCUAAUGUCGGUGCCGUCACUAAGGCCUCAGACAAAAAAGAUGGAAAUAAGAAGGGUAAUUUGGAGGAUCAGGUCGUUCAGACUAAUCCUGUAUUGGAAGCCUUCGGUAACGCUAAGACUGUACGUAACGACAACUCUUCACGUUUCGGUAAAUUCAUUAGAAUUCAUUUCGGACCGAUGGGUAAACUGGCCGGUGCUGACAUCGAAACAUAUCUUCUGGAGAAGGCUCGUGUCAUUUCUCAACAAACUCUUGAGAGAUCGUAUCACAUCUUCUAUCAGAUGAUGUCAGGAGCUGUUACAGGACUUAAAGAGAUGUGUUUACUCUCUAAUGAGAUCUUGGACUAUAAUUUCGUAUCCCAGGGUAAAACUACUAUUCCCAAUGUCGAUGACGGUCAGGAAAGUAAAGAUACUGAUAAUGCUUUCGAUGUGUUGGGCUUUUCUGAAGAUGAGAAGCAUAACGUUUAUAAGAUUACUGCCGCUGUUAUGCAUUUGGGAACAAUGAAAUUCAAACAAAGACCUCGAGAGGAACAGUGCGAACCCGAUGGUACUGAAGAUGGUGAACGUGUGGCUCAUUUGCUCGGUGUUAACGCCGUUGACCUCUACAAGAACUUCUGUAAACCCAGAAUAAAGGUCGGAACAGAAAUGGUGACUCAGGGAAGAAACCAGAAUCAGGUCAUGUACUCCAUGGGUGCUAUGGCUAAGGCUAUGUUUGAUCGACUCUUCAAAUGGAUGGUCAAGAAAAUUAAUGAGACUUUGGACACAAAGCAGAAGAGACAGUAUUUCAUUGGUGUCCUCGAUAUCGCCGGCUUUGAAAUCUUUGACUUUAAUAGCUUCGAGCAGUUGUGCAUUAAUUUCACAAACGAAAAACUGCAACAGUUUUUCAAUCACCACAUGUUUGUGUUAGAACAGGAAGAAUAUAAAAGAGAAGGUAUUGAUUGGGAUUUUAUUGACUUUGGUAUGGAUUUACUCGCUUGUAUUGAACUCAUUGAAAAGCCAAUGGGCAUCCUCUCAAUCUUAGAGGAAGAAAGUAUGUUUCCCAAAGCCAGUGACAAAACUUUUGAAGAAAAGUUGAAAACCAAUCAUUUGGGUAAAUCGCCUAACUUUGUGAAGCCUAAGCCGCCUAAACCUGGCUGUCAAGAGGCUCACUUCGCUAUUGUCCACUACGCCGGUACUGUGCCGUAUAACGUGACCGGUUGGCUCGAGAAGAAUAAGGAUCCACUUAACGACUGUGUUGUCGAUCAAUUCAAACACGGCUCUAACGAAUUGGUUAAAUUAAUCUUCGAAGAUCAUCCGGGUCUGGGAGGUGGUGAUGAUAAGGGAGGCAAAGGAGGUGGACGUAAAAAGGGUUCAGGUUUCCAGACCGUUUCCGGUCUCUAUCGGGAACAAUUGAAUAAACUGAUGACAACAUUACGUCAAACCCAACCUCACUUUGUCCGGUGCAUCAUUCCCAAUGAAACCAAAUCUCCAGGUGUGAUUGACGCUCAUUUGGUAUUACAUCAGUUGACCUGCAAUGGUGUACUCGAAGGUAUCCGUAUUUGUCGUAAAGGUUUCCCCAAUAGGAUGUUGUAUCCAGACUUCAAACAAAGAUACACAAUCCUGGCGCCUACCAUCCUUCCCAAAGGAUUUGUUGACGCAAAGGUAGCCACAGAAAAGCUCGUUAAGGCCACUAAUAUAGAUGAUCAGGAGUACCGGUUCGGUAAUACUAAGAUUUUUUUCCGCGCCGGUGUUUUGGGUCGUCUGGAAGAGAUGAGAGACGACCGGUUGGGCAAAAUCAUCACUUGGCUUCAGGGAUGGGUUCGUUGGUAUCAAUGCAAGAAGUCAUUCAAGAAAUUACAGGAACAGAGAAUUGCAUUAUUGGUUAUCCAACGAAAUUUACGCAAAUUCUUGACACUUCGCAACUGGUUGUGGUGGAAGUUGUACUCAAAGGUCAAACCAUUGUUGAAUGUCGCGCGAGUUGAGGAUGAGCUCAAAGCACUCGAAGAAAAACUUAAGAAAGAACACGAAGCCUUUGAAAGGGAAGAAAAACUUCGCAAAGAACUCGAAGUCAAAAACGUUCAGCUCUUGCAAGAGAAGAACGAUCUGUUCUUACAAUUAGACUCUGAGAGAAGCUCUUCCGGUGAUGUUGAAGAACGUCUACUUAAAGCCAUCUCUCAAAAGGCCGAUCUUGAGAGCCAACUCUCUGACCUUCAAGACCGACUGUCCCACGAGGAGGACGCACACACCUCUCUCAACUCAUCUAAGAAGAAGUUGGAAUCAGAAUUAUCUCAACAAAAGAAAGAAAUUGAAGACUUGGAGCUAUCCCUACAAAAAGCAGAACAGGACAAAUCAUCAAAAGACCAUCAAAUUCGUAACUUAAACGACGAAAUCGCACAUCAGGACGAACUGAUCAACAAAUUGAAUAAAGAAAAGAAAAAUUUGCAAGAAGUGAGUCAAAAGACUUCUGAAGACCUUCAGGCAACUGAAGACAAAGUCAAUCAUUUGAACAAAGUUAAGGCCAAAUUGGAACAAACAUUAGAUGAACUCGAAGACAAUCUCGAGAGAGAAAAGAAACAAAGAGCUGAAAUCGAAAAGAAUAAACGCAAGAUUGAGGGCGACCUCAAACUGGCUCAGGAGGCAGUGGCAGAUCUCGAGAAAAAUAAAAAAGAAUUGGAACAAUCAAUUCAACGAAAGGAGAAAGAGAUGGCCAGUUUGGCGGCAAAACUUGAAGACGAACAGAGUUUGGUCUCUAAAUUGCAAAAACAAAUUAAAGAACUUCAGGCCCGAAUUGAGGAACUUGAAGAGGAACUGGAGGCCGAACGUCAAGCCCGAGCCAAGGCUGAGAAACAACGGGCAGAUCUUUCCCGUGAGAUUGAAGAGUUAAGUGAACGUCUUGAGGAGGCAGGAGGUGCCACCUCUUCUCAAAUUGAAAUGAAUAAACGUCGCGAAGCAGAGAUGUCUAAAUUGAGAAGAGAUCUCGAAGAAUCAAAUCUACAACACGAACAGUCAAUGUCUGCUCUCAGGAAGAAACACAACGAUUCUGUGGCUGAACUCAGCGAACAAGUGGACCAACUGAACAAAGCUAAGGCCAGGAUUGAAAAGGAAAAACAACAAACAAAAGGUGAAUUGGAUGACCUAAAGGCCAGUGUGGAACACCUCACUAGAGAUAAGGCCAACACUGAGAAGCAAAACAAACAGUUGGAAAUGCAAUUGGGAGAAGUGACCGGAAAGUUGGACGAAACCAAUAGGACUUUAGGUGACUUCGACGCAUCCAAGAAGAAAUUGGCGGUUGAAAACUCUGAACUCCAGAGACAGCUCGAAGACGCAGAGUCACAGAUUGCACAGCUAAGUAAACUCAAGUCUUCAUUACAGACACAACUCGAUGAAGCAAAACGAACCGCUGAUGAAGAAAGCAGAGAAAGAGCAUCAAUUUUGGGUAAAUUCCGUAAUCUUGAGCAUGACUUGGAUGGAGCCCGAGAAUCACUCGAUGAAGAGAUUGAGGCUAAGGCUGAUCUCCAAAGACAACUCAGCAAAGCUAAUGCAGAGAUCCAACAGUGGAGAACAAAGUUCGAAAGCGAAGGUCUGGCCAGACUUGAGGAGCUCGAGGAGGCAAAGAAGAAGUUAGGCGUUAAAUUGCAAGAAGCAGAUGAACACAUUGAACAACUCAAUGCUAAAGUAUCCGGACUCGAGAAGACAAAACAACGAUUGGCCGGAGAGCUCGAAGAUAUGGCCAUUGAAGUCGAACGGGCAAACGCUUUGGCCUCAACUCUCGAAAAGAAACAGAAAUCAUUUGAUAAGAUUGUCGCCGAAUGGAAGCAAAAGGUGGACGACUUGGCUGCAGAACUCGAUGCCUCACAGAAAGAGUGUAGAAAUUAUUCAACAGAACUGUUCAAACUCAGAGCUGCUUAUGAGGAAAGCCAAGAACAGUACGAUGCAGUCAAACGUGAAAACAAGAACUUACAGGACGAGAUCAAAGACUUGUUGGAUCAGUUGGGCGAAGGCGGACGUUCUGUUCAUGAAUUAGAGAAAUCUCGCAAACGAUUGGAGAUGGAAAAGGAAGAACUGCAGGCAGCUCUUGAAGAAGCCGAAGCAGCUCUUGAACAGGAAGAGAACAAAGUACUGAGAGCACAGCUCGAGUUAUCUCAAGUAAGACAAGAGAUUGACCGCAGACUUCAAGAGAAAGAAGAGGAGUUCGAAAACACCCGAAAGAACCAUCAAAGAGCACUCGACUCAAUGCAGGCCAGUCUCGAAGCAGAAGCCCGUGGAAAGGCUGAGGCUUUGAGAAUGAAGAAGAAGUUGGAGAGCGAUAUCAAUGAAUUGGAAAUAGCAUUAGACCACAGCAAUAAAGCCAAUGCUGAGGCACAGAAAAAUAUUAAGAAAUACCAACAGACACUCAAAGAAUUGCAAACAGCUUAUGAAGAAGAACAACGAGCCAGAGAUGAAGCCAGAGAACAGUAUGCUAUGGCUGAACGCAGAUGUAAUGCUCUUCACGGAGAGCUUGAAGAGACCAGACAACUGCUCGAACAGGCUGAUAGAGCGCGAAGAAGUGCUGAGACAGAGCUCUCAGAACUGCAUGAGUCUAACAAUGAAUUGUCGGCUCAAAACUCUUCACUUACUGUUGCGAAGAGGAAAUUGGAGGGAGAAAUGCAGGCUUUGCAGGCGGACUUGGAUGAGAUGCUCAAUGAGGCCAAACAGUCUGAAGAGAAGGCCAAGAAGGCUAUGGUAGACGCCGCCCGACUGGCAGAUGAGUUGCGUGCAGAACAAGAACACGCCCAACAACAGGAGAAGCUAAGGAAAGCUAUGGAACAACAAAUCAAAGAACUUCAGGUCCGUCUCGACGAGGCUGAAGCCGCAGCACUCAAAGGAGGAAAGAAAAUCAUUCAAAAACUCGAACAAAAGGUUCGAGAAUUGGAACAGGAGUUGGAUUCUGAACAGAGACGACACGGAGACGCGUCCAAGAAUUUGAGGAAAGCUGAGAGACGUAUCAAAGAAUUGCAAUUCCAGGCCGACGAAGACCGCAAAAAUCACGAACGCAUCCAAGACUUAGUCGACAAAUUGCAACAAAAGAUUAAGACAUAUAAGAGACAGAUUGAAGAGGCGGAAGAAAUAGCAGCUUUGAAUUUGGCUAAAUUCAGAAAAGUUCAACAAGAACUCGAAGAUGCAGAGGAAAGGGCUGACAUGUCUGAGAACGCUUUGGCUAAACUUAGAGCCAGAAAUCGCAGCUCGGCUUCAACCUCACGGGCCAUGAGUCCCGGCCCAAUUCCUAAGCCGAGACCAAAAUCAAGAGUUGUUGACGAAGAGUAAAAUGCUGUCAUCGAUAUCAAGAUUAUUACUAUUAUUAUAAAUGAUAUCAAAUGUUGAUUUGAAAUCCUUAUUAUAAUUAAAUCUCUUUAUAAAACUUGUUCUCUAUUUUUCUCUUUUCUCAAUCUAUGUCUACAUUAAUGUCAAUCACUUUAAUUAAUCGUGAUUUUAGUGCAAACAAUAAAUCGAUUUAA